AUGCCUCAGCAGGUCGCAGAUGAAGCAGCUCUGAAAAGACUGUUCCCCAUACCGGCCCAGGCGCCGUCGUUCCAGGCGCCUGCGCGCUUCCCAGGGAGCUCGCCUGAAGCGGUCGUUGCCCUGCAGAGGACGUUGAAGGAUAACCAUGUCAAAUGGCAUAUAUUCUUUAACACGCAGCGUUUCCACAAUCACGCUUCCCAUCAGCUUCUCGCCAUUUACCAGCUCGGUGCAAAUGGGUCCCUGAUCGAGGCAGCGUACAAGGAGCACACCAAGUACCAGCGCAAGCAGUUCGAUUCUCCUGGUCCUAUCACCACAGAAAACUUCCACGAACAUCUUGGCAAGGAAGAAUACUACCGGGCGUACCUCCAGUUCUUUUCAAAGGUACUGUCCGAAAAGGGGGCAGCCGCUACUCUUGAAGAAUAUAUCUUCUCACCGAAGGCCAAUAUCGACCCUCCGAAAUCCGGGCAGUCCCCGAUGGAGAUGACGAACAGGCUGUUCUCGGGCCUCUUGCACCCUCUCAUUCACACUGGAUAUGGUGCUGAAUUCGGACUUCCUGGCAUGUUCGCGGAAGGGCUGGCCGAAACCGCCGUGCAUCGAACGACUGCCGCUACACUCACUCCCCGUACUCUCUGGAAGUACGCCGAAGCGGUUGGCUCGGAUGUCGGGAACGCGACUGUCUCCCGUAUUACGUCUCUCCUUCCUUCACUUGUUCUCGAUCAGUUCCGAAGCGCCGUCCUGCCGACACAGACGCGGAGGACUUCGAGCGUUCAUGCGCUCUCUCUCGUGUCGCGCAUCCUCAAGGACGACUACUAUUCGUACAAGACCAUCGCUCUCCCGCCUCCGAAGAACAGCGAGGAGGAUACCUCUCUUGAGCGCGUCCUUCACUUGCGAGGUGAGGCACUCGCUGAGCUGAUGAAGGACUGGACCGUGGACGGAACGAACGCGCAAGACGUGGCAAACAAGAUCGAGGAGUUGUUCUGGACGAACACCACCAUCUUCGGAGUGGGCGGCUUCUGGGGGAGGAAGAAGACGAAGAACGGCAAGUUCAACGGCGAUUUCUUCCUCAUGCAUCUUGUCACGUCCGUUCUAUUCCUCCCGUCGCUGGCCGCGUACCUCUCUCCGACGUCGGUCAACAUCCUUCUCCGCACGUAUCUCCUCAACACGCUCGCCCUCUACGUCGCGCGCGGCCGCCCUCCCCUACCAAUCGCCGAGUUUUAUGACACCGUUACGCCCACGCCGGCCCCUCCUGCCGACACCACGACGGAGCCUGUGGACGGGACGCUCGACCCAGAGAACACGACCCCGAACGCGUGGCUCGCGAUCGUGCAGAGCACGCUCAUGCACCCCGACGACCACCUGUGCAAGCUGCAGCGGUCGCUCGCGCACUUCGCGGCGCUGUACGGGACCACGCCUGCGGGGCGCUUGAAGGAGCUGGGCGUCGAGCUGGAGGGCGCAGAGAGGCUGGACGGGUCGCUGUUCGUGCGCACGGCGGGCUUGGCUCUGGAACGGGUGGGGUGGAUGCGCGAGGGGGAGGAGAGGAAGGAGUGGGACUUCGAUGCGUUCUAUCAUGACUGA